AUGGCAGAGGCCAGUAUUUCAGUGGAACGGGACCAGUUCACCUGUUCAGUGUGUCUGGAUUUACUGAGGGAUCCAGUGGCCAUUCCCUGUGGACACAGUUACUGUAUGUGCUGCAUUACACACUGCUGGAAUCAAGAUGAUCAGAAGGGAGUUUACAGCUGCCCUCAGUGCAGAGAGACCUUCAGUCCAAGACCUGCCUUAGGAAAAAACACCAUUUUGGCUGAAAUGGUGGAGAAACUAAAGAAGACUAAAAUCCAAGCUGAUGUUCCUGCUGGAUCCGGAGAUGUGGAGUGUGACAUCUGCAAUGGAAGAAAACACAAAGCUGUCAAGUCCUGUCUGGUGUGUCUGGAAUCUUACUGCCAGACUCAUUUUGAUCGUCAUGAAGAAUUUCGCUCAGGUAAACCACACAAAGUGAUUGAUGCCACUGGACGACUGCAAAAGACAACCUGUCCUCAACAUCAUAAGCUACUGGAAAUCUACUGCCGGACAGACAAGAGUUGUAUUUGUUACUUGUGUGCAGAGGAUAAACACAAACACCACAACACUGUAAGUGUUACAACACAGAGGAGAAAGAAACAGAGAAACCUAGGACAAACACAAAGAAAAUGUCAGGAGAGAAUACAACAGACAGAGAAAAAUCUAGGGGAGCUAGAAGAGGUUGUGAAGUCUCAUAAGCGCUCUACGCAGGAAGCAGUGGAACACAGUGAGAAGAUCUUUACUGAACUGAUCAGCUCCAUUGAAAGACGCCGCUCUGAGGUGACACAGCUGAUCAAAUCUCGGGAAAAGACUGUAGUGAGAGCAGCUGAAAGACUCAUAGAGGAAAUGAAACAGGAGAUUAUUGACUUGAAGAGACAAGAUGCGGAGAUGGAGCAGCUUUCGCACACAGAGGAUCACAUCCUUUUCCUGAAGUGAGAUUCAUUUCGGUCAUUUUUACAUCUGAUGAGGAAGAAGAUGAGGAUGAGGAUGAGGAGGA